AUGGCAAAGGACGCUCACAAUGUCUCACAGGAACAGGCUGAAGACCAGAGCAGAGAAGACGCAGCACCGAUCAAGUCAAAAUGGGACCGCCUAUGGCCGGUCAUUGCCUGCGGAGCAGGUCUUUUCUCAGACGGCUACCUCAACGGCGUGAUCGGGAGCGUUUCGACAAUGCUGGCCACGAUAUAUCCGAAAGAGUACGCAGAAAGCACAGCCCAGAGCAACGUUUCCUCCAUCACUUUUGCGGGAACUCUUCUUGGCAACCUCCUCUUCGGCUGGACUAGUGAUCACUGGAGCAGGAAAUGGAGUCUGUUUGUGUCGACUAUGAUCAUCAUUGUGUUUGCAGCACUCUCAACUGGGAGCUAUGGGGCUGGAGGGAGCAUUCAGGGAUUGUUUGCAGCUUUGGCAGCUUAUCGGUUCUUUCUGGGGAUUGGAAUUGGCGGCGAAUAUCCUGCGGGAUCUGUGUCCUGUGCUGAGAGUACCGGCGAGCUGAAAUCUGGUACCAGACAUCGUUGGUUCAUCCUGUUUACCAACGUUCAGAUUGAUGCUGGAUUCGUUGUCGCAGCCUUGGUACCCAUGGUCGUAGCUCGUAUUACCGGGGAUGAUCAUCUGAGGGUGGCUUGGAGAGUCUCUCUCGGCCUGGGUGUAAUACCACCGCUCUCACUCUUCUACCUGCGCUUCAAACUUCGCGAACCGGAAGCUUUCACCACUGCCAGCAUGGUCAAAGCCAAGACUCCAUGGCUCUUAUGCAUCAAGUUCUACUGGUUUCGGCUUACCAUUGUGUCCACGAUCUGGCUAUUAUACAACUUCUCCUCUUACGCUUUCAACAUAUUCUCUUCCCAGAUCCUGGCCAACCUGCUCGGGGACAGCGAGAGCUUGUGGGUAUCGUUCGGAUGGAAUACCUUGCUUACAUCUUUCUACAUGCCUGGAUGCAUUGCAGGAAGUUGGCUGUCCGAUUGGAUUGGACCAAAGCAUGCGCUCGGAUACUCGGUCCUGGCCCAGGGGAUCACUGGCUUCAUCAUGGCGGGCUGCUAUAGUUAUCUGUAUCGACCAAGCCUGGUAGCGGCCUUUGUUGUCGUAUACGGUAUCUUCAUCGCCCUUGGCGAGCUCGGGCCGGGAGACAACAUCGGCCUCAUAGCCUCGAAGACCUGUGCUACUGCUGUGAGAGGCAAGUACUACGGCAUUGCCGCUGCGUGGGGGAGAGUGGGAGCUUUUGUCGGAUCCAAGACGCUAGUUAUGCUGUACAAUCAGUACGCGGAUUCGGAUCCGGUCAAAGCUGGCCAAUACCCAUUCUUCAUUGCAAGUACUCUUUGCAUUGUCACCGCUGGGCUUGCGCUAUUCUUGUUGCCGUAUAUCGAACAGGACACGAUUGAGAAGGAGGACGAAAGAUUCAAAGCAUAUCUGCUUGAGCAUGGGUAUGACGUGAGCCAACUAGGUGUAGGAGGCGCUGAGAAUAUCGGAAGGAGAGAUGACAGCGUAGACUUUCCAACUACUGAAUUCAAGUAG